AUGGACAUCCUCUCAAGGCUCUCUGUCAAGACCCUCUUCAACUGCAGGUGCGUGUGCAAAGCGUGGCUUUCUAUAAUCUAUGACCCUCAGUUUACUUAUCUCCAUGCUUCAAGAUCACCCUUUGGCAUCUUGAUUGAGACCUUCCUCCCUCCCCCUCUAACAAAACCAAUGGAACGUUUUUUUACCCAUCUGGAAGUAGAAGCAUGUGCUGCUCCUGGUUCAGAUUUGCAGCUCGAGGAAAUAACCUUUUCUCCCGGAAAUACUCUACCGCCAGUUGAUGCCGCCAUGCUAGAAAUUCGCUUGAUAAACUCAUGUAAUGGUCUGCUUUGUUUUGGAGCUAAUGAAGGCUUUCCCCCUGUUUGUGUGCACCCUGUUUUGGGGGAGUACAUCACCAUUCCACCUGCUAAUAGAAACGACAAACGGCUUAUUGUUGGACUUGGUUUUUGCAUUGGGACCAAUGUGUACAAGGUGUUUCAGUUGAACAACCCGAACACUGAGGCUGAGAUUUAUACCAUUGGCGCAGGAGGGGCAUGGAGAAGCAUUGGACCCCCUCAUUAUGGGGAUUUUAAUAACUUAUCGUUCAAUAAUUUUCUUCAUGGAGCUGUUCAUUGGAUUCCCUAUGGUGGUAGAAGUACAAGUUCCAAGGUUAUACAAUCUUUCGACUUUGAAAGAGAACAAUUUCGGCCAUCAUCACUACCUAGUUUGCUAGCAAAGAAUUAA